AUGGAUGAAGAAAGAGUGAAUACCGCAAAGAAAGAGCGACGAACGAUACGAAGUUUAGCGACGAAGUUGGUUAACAAGGUUAAAGAGUGUUUGGAUGAAGCGAGUGACGGGGUUGACGAUCGCAAAUUACGACAGUUUCGAGCUGCAUUGAAAGAGAAGUCGAUAAUUUUGAAGGAAUUGGACAAAGAAAUUUUAAACUAUCUGUACACAACAGAUGCGGAGGAUGAGAUUUGCGAGAACGAAGCAGAACAGGCCAGCGAAAUCCAGGAAAAGAUCGAUUACGAAUUGAUUUGUGUCGAAGACAUAUUGAAAGAAAUGGAGGAUGAAAAGUUGUCUAUUAAUUCAAGUUCAAAAUCUCACUCAGCGUCGAGGGAAAGUAUCGUGUCGAUCGCAUCAAAUGACGAUGGCCACUCGAAUGAGUCGGAACUGCAGCAUUCGAAGAGUCGGAACGAUCGUACUGUCAGAAUGAAGUUACCUAAAUUGCAAAUGCGGAGUUUUAGUGGGAAAGUACAGGACUGGCAAAGAUUUUGGGAUUCCUUUAAGAGCGCUAUACAUGAGGACCCUGGUCUUGCUAAAAUUGAUAAGUUCAAAUAUCUGCGGAGUUUCUUGGAUGAGCCGGCCAGAAGAGUGAUAUCGGGUCUCGCAUUAACAGAUGCUGAGUAUGAUUCAGCAGUGGAGUUGUUAAAGAAGAGAUUUGCUAAGCCAACUUUAAUAAAGAGAGCGCACAUCAACGACAUGAUAAAUUUAGCUCCAGUGUACAAUGAACGAAAUGUUGGCAGAUUACGUCAUUUCUUGGAUGACAUCGAGACUCAUUUCCGUGGACUUGAGGCCCUUGGUGUUGACAAGGAGAGUUAUUCGUCAAUCGUUGUUCCGGUCUUGAUGGACAAACUUCCAGAAGGAAUACGGAUAAACAUGAUUAGAUUUGGUGGUGAUUAUCUUAACUGGGGACUAGAUGAAAUGAUGGAGGCUUUAGCCAAGGAGGUGGAGAUCCGGGAGAGCCACGUUUCGGUUUUUCGACCGCAACCGUCUCAGUCGCAAGUGUCUACGCCUAGGCCAAUUCAACAGCCGCAUAGAGAGAAGAUUGGAACAGCAAGCAGCCUGUUUACUCAGGAGCCAGUGGGCAAGAGAUGCGCAUUUUGUUACGAAAACCAUUCUGCGGAAGAUUGUGUUAAUGUAAAGGGACCAAAUGAACGUAAAAAUUUGUUGUCUAGAUAUGCAAGAUGUUUUCUGUGCUUGAGUAAGGGGCACAGGGUAUUUCAAUGCCGUAGUAAGGUAAAUUGCAAAUAUUGUAAGGGUAAACAUCAUUUUUUGAUAUGCACUAGAAGGCAAUGUAAGCCCUUGGGCACUGUAAGGUCCAACGCAAGCGCAAGUAAGGAAGUUCAGCAGCCUCAAGCUAGUACAUGCGAGCAUCCCCUAAACCCAUCUGUUGAGGCCUGGGUUGGUAGCACAGGUUCAUUUUGCCCUACUUCUGGAGAGCGAGUGGCUCUGCAAACAGCCUUGGCAAGAGUAGAGGGGAAUGAAAAGUGCAAAGUACGGGUGCUGUAUGAUUCAGGUAGCCAAAAAAGAUUCAUUUCUGCCAAGGUUGUUAACAAGCUAGGUUUGAAGCCACUCAGAGAGGAAGAGCUGGGAAUAAAAACAUUUGGUAGGAAUGAGCCGGAAGUAAAAAAGAGAGCAGUGUGCGAAUUAAGCUUGGUACCUUUAACUGGAAAUGCUAGGAGUGUUCGUGUUCAGGCAUUUGUUGUUGAAGAGAUUUCCACGAUCAAUAAUAUCCAUGUUGAGGAAAUAAAAAAAAGCUAUGCACAUUUGUCUAAUGUAUAUUUCUCAGAUGUUUGCAGGUCAGCAGAUUCCCUUGAAAUAGAUAUUUUGAUUGGAUCCAACUAUCUGUGGAAUUUCCAAGAAGGUCUAGUUAUAAGAGGGGGGCCUAAAGAACCAGUGGCAGUGAAGACGAUACUUGGAUGGGUGUUGUCAGGACCAGUUUCAUGUAAGAAUGACAAUUUUGAUUCUGAUACUCUUGUUUCCCUUGUUAUUGAGCCUACUCCUUUAAGUAGCAAGGACAUGCUAGAGGUGAACAAAAGUAUUCAUAGAUUGUGGGAUUUGGAAACUGUUGGGGUAAGAAUUGAUGAUGAUGUACAUCAGAAAGCUAUAAAUGACAUACCCUUUAAUGGGGAACAUUAUUCUGUAGGCCAUGUAGUAGGGCUAGAAAAUCCUGCAGAUUUAGAAUCUAGAGGUGUUUUAGGUACUGGGUUGAAGAAUGACAGACUUUGGUGGGAAGGUCCCAAAUGGUUGAUAAGUGGGGUAGAGAGUUGGCCAAAUGUUUCCCAUGUUGAAGAAUCUUCAGAAGUGAUUGAAGAAAGAAAGAAGAAUAUAGUUUUAAUGUCUGUCUCAGAAGAGCCUAUGGGGUUGAGUGAAGUAAUUGACAUCAAUCGGUAUGGAACUUUUAGCAAGUUGCUGAGAGUUGUAUCAUACACAUACAGAUUUAUCAGCAAUUUGAGGAGGAAAAAAGCCAGGAAAAAAAUCAGGAAUGGAAAGAAAGAAAACUUAGAGAAAGGAGACCAAAAAUCAGGAAUGGAAAAGGAAGGAAAAGAAAGUAAUGAGAAUGAAGUGAAAAUUGAGGUACGGAGUAAGAGAGGGGCAAAUAUACGUCCUCAGCGCACAGCAGCUAGCAAUGCACGCGCCAAGACCAAACUCAUGCUUGAUCCAUAG